AUGUCGGGCCUGGCCCUGGCAGCGGUUUCCGUCUUUUGCUUUUGCCGGGCCUCGGCGGAGCUGAGAGAGGUCGUGGGUCACGAGGUGAAUUGGAAGGUGCCAAAGGAGCCCGUGCUCGCCUUGACCCACCAGAAUGGCGACGCUUGCGUGGAGCACUUGGAGGCGAGUCCAAGUGGCGAUUGGGUUGUGACAGCUCAUGACGAUGCCUUUUGCAUCUGGCGAGCGCCCACGUGUUUCGUCAACGCGACGAGCGCCUCGUGCAUCCCGGAGGCGGAACCGUGGCAGUGCCUGAAGCAGCCUGGCCCUGUGAAAGGAUUAGAGGUAAUGAAUCCCUUCACCAUCGCACUGAUAGAAGGGAAGGACGUACUUGUGUGGACGAUCAAUGCGUCCGCUCCCACAGCGACGCUGAGUCACAACUCCACGGUGGAGCUUAUGGACUCAGAGGGUGAGUGGUUGGCCACGGGAACGCAAGAUGGCUUCAUCCACAUGUGGUGGGCGCCGUUCGGUUUCGAGGAGUUCGCGAACCCGAAGUGGAGCUACAACAUGGUGAAAUGGGCGGGUGGCCGGGGCUUCGACAUCACGGCCCUUGCGCUGUGCAAGGGCAACCGCUGGAUGGGGGUCAGCACCUUUAGGGACUAUUCGGACACCAGCAAACUGAUUCUGUGGGACGUGCGUGGGAAGAGUCCGGACACGCCAACUCGGAUCUAUUCUCAGAUCUCACGCAUCUUGGCAGUGGAGUUUGCGCCCACUCAGACGUGGCUCGUAGCGGGCUCUGAGGCAGGCGCCAUCACCUCCUGGCGCCACGUGGAGCAUGAGGAGGUGCCGCUUCGAAGAAGGUUCGCCUUCUGGGCGGUGAGAUAUCUUCGAUUCUCCCCAUGUGGCAGCUGGCUGCUGGCUGGAAACUACGAGGGCUCCGCGGACCUCUGGGACGUGGCAGGAUAUUUUGUGGACGCCCAGUCCCCAGCGACCUCCUUUGAGCUGCUAGGCGGAGGGCGGAUCGCGAUGUCGGCAGACACCGGCCUCGUCAUGGUGGCCGAAGGCGGCAACUGCCGCGUCUCUGCCUGGCCCCUCGACCUUCGGGACUCCCAGUGGAGCUUCGAGUUCGCGGACAACGAGCGCGAGAUGAGAGACCUCUUGCUCUCGCCCAGCGGCAAGCACGUGCUCUCGGGUCAAGUCGGGCAUCCAGCGCGUCUGUCGCUCUGGGCCGUGCAGCGGCGAGCAAAUGUCCCGCUGCUGUCCAUGCAGAUCGACGACAGCCUUUGCUGUAUGCUUACGCUGGGAGAAGAUGAGGUCAUCGUAGGCCUACAGGGCAGCAAGCGUCAUCCAGACACCAAUCCUGGGCGAGUUGGGCUGUGGCACAUCACCUGGAACACACCAGGUCCUAUGGUGGCUACAGAGAAGGCCCUGUUUUCCGUGCCGGGAUGUUACUUGAUCAGCUUGGCGAUCUACUUCGACCCGGAUUUCUGGAUCUGUGGUUGCCGUUCCAAAGUGGUGAUUCUUCAGCGGAGAUCUGCCCAAUCUGCCUCGGUGCUGCGUGUGCUUGCCCUUGAGACGGAGCAAGCUCGGGCGACCGCUGUUGCCGCGGUAGGAAACGGCUUUGCUGUGGGAACCAGCGCUGGCAGCGUGUGCUUAUACCCUCUGCGGCAAAAGGAGGCAUGGAACCUGUCACACUCGGAUGGCAUCAGAGACGAGGAGGACAUCCCUCGCUGCGUAUACCCGGGCAGCGAAAUCAACGAUCUUCAACUGCAGUCGGCAAAUGGCACGGAGCUCUACAGUGGCGGCUCCAACGGCAGGACCUGUCGGAUCUUCCUGAAGUCUCUGACCAUGUCCUGCUUCGACCAGCCAGGCAACGAGCCCCGAGAAGUGCUAGAUAUCGAGUACAUGCUGGAGAAGAAUCUCUUGAUCAGCAGCUCGGCCAACGGCAUCAUUGCUCUGUGGUACUUGGACGUCGAUAUCUUUCAGCAGCAGCCGUCCCCGCUCACUUGGUAUGAAACGGAGAACUACCACAUGCACCUGGCUGCAUCGCCGGACGCGACCUACAUCUACGUCUCCGGAACGCUUGGGGAGAUCCAGGCUCGAUUCAUUGAGUCGGUCUCUGCGGCGGUGCGGCGCAUGCUCCAGUCCCCCCUCUGCCAAAUGAAGGAUGUGUGCAAUACAGACUCGGUGACCUAUCAUGGCAAGGAUCCCAUCGAGCUUCCGCACUAUUUGGAGAGCCUGCCAUUGCAGUGGCUGGGACUCCAAGAUGCCAAGAUUCGGGUGAUGUCGCCAGAGCCUCCUAUCAGCAUGCGCGCGGUCAACCUCUCUGGUGCUGGUCUUUCUGACUGGCAGUCGAUGAGCACCGGUUGGUUUUCUAUCCCCUCCAUCAUCGACAUCAGCGCCACCCCUGCCUACGUGUCCGUACCUAUCUUGCAUGGCCAGGCUGUCCGGCUGGUGACAGAUCAGAACUGCGUGGAUGCCGCAAGCCAGAAGGAGAAAGGGCUGAACUUUUGCAUCCUCCGCUCCGCCCAGAAAGAGGACCAAUUGUGCGCCACCCACUUCGAAUCCCACGACAUGACAAGAGAGGCCCUGGCGGCGAAAGUGACUGGAUCCCCGUUGCCCGUGAAGACCGUGAUCUUGGUUGAUCAAGAGGACUUCAUAGCCUGGCUGUGUGACUGUCCUGCCGGAAGGUUCGGGACCAACGGCUCCCACUGCGAGAUCUGCCCUCUGAACCACUACUGCCCCGCCGCGGGGAACGACACCAGGGCCCGGAACUUUCGGGCCUCGCCCUGCCCGCCCGGCGCAGGCACUACGGGAAUAGGCCUCACUAGCAUCAAGCAGUGUGAAUGCUUGCCCGGCUUCUAUACUGUCAAGAGCACGACAGACCCAGGCGGGUUUCUGUGCAGAAGCUGCCCGCCCGGGGCCUCCAGCUUCAGCUACGGGAUGAUGGAGUGCCAGGCCUGUCAGUUCGGAUAUCGAUCCUACGACUGGCCCAGACUGCAGCCGAGCAACUUCUGCUUCCCUGACUGGUUCGGCCUUGGCUUCAUGAUCGCUUUGCAGCUGGCUAUGAUCCAACUGGUCUACAGCACCUGGCGUCAUUUCCAAGGCCUCGCCAUCAACGAGGUGAAGGUACAGCAUGGGAAGUGGGUGGUGUCCACCAUGGGCAGGCGGGAGCUCUGGAUCUUCCCCUGCCUCGAGACCUUCCAAGUGAGCUUUCGGAAAACGGGGAAUCCAUGGCUGGACGACCCCCAGAAGCCCUACCGAGUCAGGGCGAUCCGCGGGAGCGACCUGCGCCUGGUGCUGCUGCAGGGCGGGGAGGAGAUGAAGGCGGAGUCCUCUUGGCCAGGCUUGUUCGGAGAAGACGAUGACUACGACAGCAGCGAAGUGAGCGAAGAGGGCCAAGCAGUUUGGACUUCACGUAUCCGGCUGGACACCUCUCAGGGCUUCAUCCGGCUCUCCUGCCCCUUUGCGUGCCUGUGCGGGCGCAUCUUGCCAGCUGUGGUGAUCUGUCCGCUGCUCUUCUUGGCUUCGGGGAUCCUGCUGAAACUGGCAGUCUACAGGAAGAUUUGGAUUAUGCUUGGGCUGCCAUUCACGACUGUGAUAGCUUUGCUGGUGGUAGCAGGUGCUUAUUUCUCAGCACCAGCUCCGGCCAUGCACAACAAUGUCCUGAAUUUCCGGCAUUUGCUGCCGCCACCCAAGCUAGUACCACGGGGAGGUGCCCGAGCAGUGAAAGUGGAGAGCAUCGAGCACCUGCUGAACCACUUCAGAUUCUCCAUCGGCGAUCGGGACAUGUACUACGUGAACUCCAACAUCCUGUUGCCAGUCACGAAGCCCACGCAGCUGUCUUUUGCCGAGCUGGCCGGACCUGUGCAAACCAAGUACUUUGUCAGCCAUUACUGGGGUAUCCCCUUUGAGAACUCGAUGCAGUCGAUCAUGAAGCAUUCCUGGACCACCGAGCGGGAGAAGUGGCAGUCUGCCGCCUACUGGUGCUGCUCAUUCAGCAACAACCAGUGGAGCAUCGCCGAAGAGCUCGGGAACGGAGACAUCGCGCAGUCUUCGUUUUACCUUGCUCUGACGGACCCACGAACCUGUGCGACUGUCAUGGUCUUGGACGAGAAAGCGCAGGCCCUGAAAAGGGUCUGGUGCCUUUUCGAGGUGCUGCAAACCUGCAUCCUGUCCCAGAAGAAGCCAGGCUUCGAGGGUCUGUUCCUGUGCACGCCCUCUGGAGUUCUGAACAAGGAAAGCGCCCAGUCAGAUGGCUCUUUGAGCAUCGACACCGCCAUUGCCGUGGCAAGGAGUCUUCGUCACUUAAAGCUGGAGGAGGCCAGCGCCACCAAUCCUGCGGACAAAGUCAUGAUCGACGAGCUAGUGGAGCGAUACCCUGGCAAGCACGAGGCCAUGAAUCGCUUCGUGCGGCGCCACAUCCGGGAUGCCCUGAAUUUGAUCAGGGAGCACCACAACCAGACAUUCGCUUGGCUCCUUCGGGAGCUGGAGAGGUCUGAGCGCUCCGAAAGUGGUCCUCUGGCACCAGGGAUGAGUCGCGCUCCGCCCAUCUUCCCGACCAUGCCGGUGACCAGCGUGUCUCUGUCCUCCCUCCCCAGCGGCAGCUCUCGAGGUCACAUGAGUCAGAAGUCUUUAUCAUCCGUGUGCCCGUCUGGACAUCUUCUGGAGCCCAACGGGGAGGACAGCUCCGGUUCCUCAAGUGAAAGCGAGCACUUUGUAGCGCCGCGUCCAAAGUGA